CUCUCUCUCUCUCUCUCACACACACACACACACACACACACUGCGGGAAUGAGUGGGCAUGCCCAUGUGUGUGUUUACUUACAGUGCGAAGAGCGUUCAGCAGCACACACAGACCCCGCGCCGCCUGCAGCUCUCCGCGCUGCGAGGAGGAUCCGUGUCCGCUCCUGAGUGAAGCAGCGAUGGAGCCCCGAGGAGGAAGAUCCUGCGACAGCCCCGCUGCGUCUUCACGGAGCCAAAAUGGCGCUGCGGAGGAAGAGUAUGGAUGUCUGGACGGACCCGAUGAAGAGAGACGGGUCAAGAGCGCCUCAUGGGCCGAGAAACCCGCCGAGGAGCAGCCACGGCUCAACUUCCACAUCCCCCGGAAGAGCAGAGAAAAGAGAGCUCUGUUUCAGUCUGUGUCUACGGACUCGAGAGAGUUUUCUGACGUCCUGCAGAUCCUCUCCUCCAGCUACAAGGACUCUUCCUCCACCGGGACAUUUGUGUACUCCAAACCUCGCCUCGUCCACAGUGAACCACUGGAGAAAGACUUCAUGGAGAAGCGAAGGGAGCUCAAACAGGAUGGGCGCACAGAGAAAGAGCUGUCUGAGACUUUCUGCUUCCUGCUUUGUGAUGCUCAAAAGGUCUCGGUGGUGUGUGAGAGAGGACUGUCUGUUGGCAACAGCUGGAUGAGUAUGUUGGGGAAUCCAUCUAAAGGUGUUUACCUCUGUCAGUUUUCUGAUUUACUUCAAGUCAACCCGCUGGAGCCUGGAUUUACAGGAAACAUCAUCAUAUUUAAAGUUAUAAAGGGUAAAGUGAAGAGUGUACAUGACUUCAUGUCCAAAAAUAUGGAUCCUACACCUAAAUUUGACAGCCAUUUCUCCAAGAACUCGACCAGAGUGACGUCCUUACAGUCGUACAGGGCUUUCGAGUACACUCAGCAAUACUUCUACGAGUAUGUGGAUUUUGAGGUUUCGUCCAGGCCGAGACACGUGUGUCCGUAUGCGGUGGUCUCUUUUUACUUUAAAGGCAAAGAGGCUUCAACAGCGGCCCCCAAACCACUGCCUCCUCUCAGGUCCAACAGUCAGCCAUCAGGGACGAGCAAAGGCAGGCGCUGUUACACGGUGUGGCGAGGGCAUUUUGUGAACGGGGGGAAAGACGUGUACCAGGCCAGCCUUCGAUCGCUCUCUCAACCUUUCCUGCCCUACAAACUGCCAGAGAAGAUUGAGAUCGGUAAAGUCAUGAGUCUGCAGCAGGUCAAGCAGAAGAUCCCAUCUGCGCUCUUCUCCUGGAGCCUCUACACGGGCAGCCAUGAAGUGUCUAAAAGUGGCAUGUUCUGCAGUCUGUUUGACGUGGUGGAGAAAGACCGAACUUCUCCGAAGAGCUUGACAGUGUUGCUGCAGAAACUGGAGGAAGAGGGUCUGGUUUUGGUGAAUAUGGUGAGGGACAGAGGCUUCCUCUUCUUGCUUUCUGCCAGUCAGAUGGCCAACUCAAGUGAGCGACGAGGUGGUUGGAAAAUGUCCUCUAUACAAGCUCUCUUUGUUUAUCGUGAGAAGCGUGACUGGUUGAAGAGCUGUGAGUAUUUAGAGAGAUGCACACGGUUAAAUUUAGAUUUCCUCUUAAAGCCAGACAUAUAUUUAAUGCAAGAAUGCAAACACAGACAAGAAUGCUUGGUUAAAACAUUGCAAGCACUUAGCCUCACUCUUAACGGUUCUUGUGCAGAGAAUAAACUUUGUCUUUGUCUUGGUAAAGCAUCGGAUCCCUCUGCGAGCUGCAGACCCGUGUGUUCAGAGCAUCAGAGUCCCAUCAUGCCCCAGCACGACUGGUUCGUCUCCGCUCUCCACUGCGCUCUGAGCAAGGCUCGCAGCGAGCCUCCCCCUGACCUCAGCGCCGCUGUAGAGCAGCAGGUUUACGACUACCUCCGCGAGGGCAAGCCUCUGCAGCACGUCCGCACCAACUACGACCCCAAACUGGACACCAGGGAGAAGCUGUUUCCUGCGCCCCGGCAGAAGACCAACUGGGAGAGCUUCGUGCGGCCCUACAUCUACCAGCCGGCCGUGUUCACCAUGCUUCUGGAGAGCGUGAAGAAGAAGGUGGAGGAGCUCCGGGUUCAGACUGAGAGAGCUGCCAUUCACAGUGACCCAGACAAAGUCCAGGAGCUGCUGAAGCUCAUCCAGAGGAACAAGAAGAGCUCGAAGGGAACAGUGGGAGAUCCAGAGCCGGCGCAGGACCCCUGCACGCUGAAGAGGAAGCUGGAUCUCGAUGCUCAUGAGGGAAGCUCAAAACGCCAGAGAAAUCAGCCCAACGCAGAAUUAAGAGAAGCGGACGACAGACAGUCCCCUCCAUCUCUGGCUAAUGUUCUGAGCAGCGUCGGGCUUCAGGACACAGACCUGAGGAAGAACAAGACUCAGGGAGUGCUGAAGAUCAUGGAGAUCCUGGACAGCUUCGGAAAGCCCAGUCUUGACACGGACCUACGCAAAGGCAAGAGGCAGGGGGCGCUGGAGGUCCUAAAAAUGAUCGACACGCUGACCAGAGGAGCCGCAGAGGCGCCUGAAGACACCGAGACGACGGACAUUUCUGACACCGCUCUGUUCGACAGCAUGUCAAGACUCGGCCUUCCCACCGACCGAGACAUCGACCUCAGGAAGAGAUUUGUGGAGGAGGAACCCGAGAAGAGCGACUGUCUGGAGAAAGAGCGUGCAAGAGACUACGUAGAGAAGACACAUGUGAAGAGAGGAAAGAAAAAGCACACAACAGGCUUCGUAGAGAAGACGCAGGUGAAGAGAGGAAAGGAGGAGACCGCUGGUAGUUUGAGUAGUUUAGAAGCAUUUAGCCCUUGUUCAGAUUCUGGAGGACAACAGCGUGGUGUUAAUCUGCUCGGGGAGAAGACCAUUCCAUGGGUGCUGAUCCCCAUCACAGGUCUGAAAACAGAGAGAUAUUCCCAGAGACAGAUGGACCAUCCUGAAGACCCACGCUUUGUUCAGAGCCCAACCGUGUCUACACACGCCACGCCGGACAUAAAGGAGCUGUCCCCUCCGUGCCAGCCAGACAGCAGCAACACCGCGGUGGAUCUGGAUGUCCCGACAGCAGCAGAGGCUGAGGAUAAAGAGCCCGUCGCUCCAGCCGUGACCACAGAGUGUCCAGCAGACAGCAGCUGUUUAGACCACAUAGUCGAUGAGCUCGUCUCUGGUUUCUCCAGUGAGGUCGAGCAGAUCUUGAAGGCCAAACGUAUUUGUUAUGUCGCUAGCUCCAGCACUCAGGGCUCACGGGAACCGCUCCAGACUCCAGCUGUGCCACUUUCCAAUUACGUGUCAAACUACAACACUCCGUUUCCAGUCAGCAACUACAUCAGCAAUUUCCACGACAGCCUGAUGAUGUUCAUUGACCCUCAGCACGUCAGUCGAUACCCCAGAGCUCAGGAAGAUGUGACCUCUUCCACAUCUGCUGCAGAAGUUCCUUCAGAUGUCCCUGAUACGUCCUUCAGCUUUAAUCCAUGUGCUUCCUCGUCUUCCAACAACACCUUGGAGUCAUCUCUGACACCGUGUUCCCCUUCUAGUGCCCUACCUGACCCGAGGACGCAGCCUCAACAUCACUCAAGUGUGCCCGACCCUGAUCUCCAGCAGAUGUGGGCAUCAGAGCAGGACUCGGUGACCCAGAAGACGCAGGAAGCAAACGUCCCUCAAGAUCUUCAUGAGAUGAAUGGUAGUUUGGUUGCUGAGACUGCAGGUGCUGUGGAGGCUGAAGACGGCCAGAUAGGACACGCUCAUUCUGCCAUCAGCAGCAUCAUCGAUCAGCUGCAGCCCGAGGUGAUCAGUAACCUGGUGGAGAUCAUCAAAGGAGUUCAGAAGAACAUCGUCUACUUCUACAUCCAUUCCACGGAUGAGGAGGAGAGUGACGUCUGCUGGGAGAUUAAGGAAUAUUUGAAGAAGUUGGGGAACUUGGAGUGUAACCCACAUGGUUUCCUUGAGAAAAGCAGCAGUCAAGACAAACUGCUGGUCAUCAUUCAGAAUAUGGACAUCGCCGCACAGGUUCACAAGAUACCUUCCCUGGUUUCCUUGAAGAAGCAUCCGUCUGUGAGCUUUGCUGGUGUAGACAACCUUAGUGACAUCCAGAACCACACGUACAACGAGCUCUUUCAGGCCGGAGGCUUCAUCGUGUCAGACGAGCACGUCCUGAACCCAGCUGUCAUCACUGCAGAGAAACUUCAAGAUAUCCUUGAGUACAUUGAGCAGCUGAACUCUCCUCAGAGCCCCUGGAGGUGGAGGGUGCACUUCAAAUCACACAAGAAACUCCGAGAGCACAGCAGGCUCAAACCUGAUGCUUUGAAGCUGUUCGAGAUCCUCAGUGAAUAUGAGAAGAGGCACAUCGUUGAGAUCCUGUCGUACCACGAUUGUGACACACCAUCACGUCAGGCGCCUGACCUCGACUGUCUAGUGGAUCUGCAAGCCAGAUUCAUCAAACAACGACACCUGAUAUUUCUGACAGGCUGCCAGUUUGAGAUGUUUCCCCAGUACUCCAGCAGUGGCAUCGUCAUUGCCAAUGCUGAUGAGAUAAAGUUUAUAAUAAGCAGUUUAGAUUCUGGAGGAAAUGUGGACAGCGCUCCAUCAGCAGAGACUUGUGGCUCUCCCGCUCCAGCGUCAUUGAGAGACGAUAGCAUGUCCUUGGACUCGGAUUCUCCAGAUAACCCAAUCCUGGUCUCGGUCUCUCCGGAGACGCCCUGUGUUGUCCCGGACCAGCACCUGUUCUCCGAACCCUCUCUCCAAGACCAAGCCAAUCCAAUUCCUGUGAUCACAACCACCAGCCAGUUACCAAAACCAAUAGACUUCCUGGCUCUCAGUGAAGCGAUUUCCCAGUUCAAGACAUCCAGGAUGCUUUCCAAGUCGAACUCGGGCGAAACCCUCCAGACGUCUUUUGGAGUCGAUCCUCACCAGAGCUUCCUCGGCCACAGCGGUCUGUCUGAUUCCUAUCCUCAGUGCUCCUCGGGAAACCACAGUGUGUCCAGUACUCGGCCUGAGAUGCCAGUCAAAGCUGAAGCAGCUGGGGCUCCGCUGAGCUCUUCUUCUCCAGGCGAAGCCAGUCAUGAACUGGUCCUGUAUGGAGCAACGGCAGCUGAGAGCACCAGCAGUAUACCGAAUAUUUCCAAAGCUUGGGAGCAAUCCAGCACAAGCUCCAUGGUCACGGCUAAUGCAGGACAACCGUCCAAUGAAAGCAGCGUUUUAGAGAAAACUGCAGUGAGCAGCGCUAGUUCCUCUGAAGCAGCGGGACAGGGCUAUUAUCCAGCGCUGCAGGGCUUCACGGCGGGCCCGAGCUUCAUCUCUCACAAUGCCUCUGUUGGGCAUCCUCUUCUGAACUGCAGCGUUCCCAACAGCUCCGGAGUGGUGGGAGCUCCGGCCUACACUGGGUCCGUGCCCAAUCCUAGCAUGCAGAUGUCCUGGGGCGGUGGUUUAGCGCAGGGCUCAGCGCCGGGCCUCUGGGGGGCGCACUACAGUGUAGAUAUGCAGCAGAUCCAGGGGUCUCCGUUCCUCCAGACCUGGCAGGGAAACCCUUCCUUCCAAGGGGAUGCAUAUCAUCCCAACAGAGGAGGGUUUGGUGGCUGGUGAGCCAGCGGCGCAUGUAGAUAGUUUUCAAACUCGUGUUUACAAUUCCCAGACUCAACUUUUGUAUAAAAGAAGAAAAAUCAAACAUUUGUAGGUUUUCACUGAGAGUGUGUUAAAAAUUUGAUUUAUUUCAUAUUUUUCAAGAGAGCAUUAUAUUUGUAUUGUGCAUUUGCAUGUUGGUGGGGCGCAUAAUGUCGGUUCAUUUUCCUCUUUUGUGAUGAAGCUCAAGGCCUUGGUUUUAAUAUUUUUAUAAAGCCGAUAAUAUACAUUAAACAACUUUCAAACUA